AUUUCCGAUAUGCGGAAAAUUACUUGCUAACUUCUCAUCCAUUUCGCCAUGAAGAAAUGACGAAGAUAAGUUGAUAUUGUGAUUGCUGAUUUGGUUGUAUAAUAAUUCAUUAACAAUGGUGACUUGUCGAGAUGACCCCUGUGGAUUCGUAUGUAUCAUUAUUACAUACUGUGCAGUAAUAUAUGCCGACUAUGUCGUCGUAAAUUGGUUGAUAAUACCAUCGAGUAUGUCGUCAAGCCUGUGGGGAGCCGUCCAUGCCCUAAUCUUCAACUGCAUUGUUCUAUGUUUGACUGUUGCACAUCUCAGAGCAGUACUUUCAGACCCUGGAAUUGUGCCGUUACCCACCACUGCCAUAGAUUUCUCAGACGUAAGAACAGGUCAAGCUCCAAAGUCAAGAGUUGACAGGGUAUCUGGUCAGAAUUGGACUGUCUGUCAAAAGUGUGAGGCAUAUCGACCCCCGAGGGCGCACCACUGUCGGAUCUGUAGACGAUGCAUUCGCAAGAUGGAUCACCAUUGUCCAUGGAUCAACAACUGUGUUGGAGAAUUCAAUCAAAAGUACUUCAUUCAAUUCCUGUUUUAUGUUGGUAUGGCAUCAUUAUAUUCCAUUAUUUUACUCAUCAUUGCAUGGACGGGGGAAUGCCCUUCAUGUUCAAAUAUGGAUGAAAAGAAUGCAAGAAUAGCUCAUUCAAUAGUCCUGGUUGUUAUAUCACUUCUAUUUGGUUUGUUUGUUGCUGCCAUCGGCUGUGAUCAGAUAAGCGCAAUAUUUGAGGAUGAGACGUUAGUGGAGCAGGUUAAGAAUAGAGGGCAGCAGAGAACCGCAACUCAACGGACCAAGAUGGAUUUACUCAGGGAAGUCUUUGGUAAAGGUCCCAUAUGGUACUGGAUCAUCCCUUGCCGUUCUACUCAGUACAGACGAUUCAUUCCACCAAGCUUUAACGUGUAACAUCACCGUCCUAUCAUCAUCAUCAUCAUCACUUCUUUCAUCAACGCCUGAGGCGUCAUUCAUGAAACACCUUAUGAGCCACUUUCACUGACUAGCUUGCUCUCAGCCAAUCAGAUGCAAGGAUUUCAGUAGCUUAUAACAGUUGUUGGUGAAAACCACUGAUUAUUUGUUUCAUGAACUGCUCUCCUUCUUCACAAUACAUGAUUCGUCUCAGUACUUGUGCUGCUUCAGAUCCGGUGUGACAGGGGUCAGUGAGAUGGAUAUAUUUUGUGUGCAAUGCCAAUGGGAUAUGAUCGGACUAAAGAGGGAGCGGUCACAUGGAGCACUUUUUGUCCACUUGGAGCUUAAACAGUUGUUGACCAGUCGAAUUCCAUACAAGUUGGUGGUAUUUAUGAUGUUAUCAAAGGUUAAGGGUUGUUCUUAAUCUUCAUAACUGAGAGUUGUGCUUUAUUAUCUUCAUAAGUUGAGGGUUGUUCUUCAUAGUCCUACCAUGUUUGCACAAGAUUUAACGACUUUCAUUAAGCUUCAAUCCCAAUUACUAACAUUUUAGAUUCUCAAGAAAGAUGUAAUUUGGGAACUCAUUGGAAGCACGUUGAGUCACACUCACACUUUGUGAUAAGUACUAUCUUGAAUGAAUGAAUCUUGAGUUAUGAGAAAUGGUUUCUUUGAAGUUUGGCUGGGAUGGAAGAGUCAUCCGUAGGGCAACUUGUCAAAGGACCGCUUGGGUCUUUUAGCAGGAUUCCUGCCAUAAGGGCACUAUGGUGCCUUCUCACUGACAGAAGGAAGCAACUCUUGUUUAAUGAGUUUCUUAGUAAAUGUGCAGUUAUUUUAAGUGGACAUAUAUAGACUUACCUGCUUUUGAAACAUCUAUAUUUCAGAAAUUGGGGGUUGUGUGACUCCAGUUCCUAUGUAAAGCAUACAGAAAUGGCCCAAAUCAAGAAAAAAGUCAAU